GGCAUUAAUGUUAUGAAGAAUCGAGAGACAGGGUGUAGUAGUGUAAUUUUGCUGGGUCCCAGCCCAUAGCGUUGAGUGUAGAGGUGGAUCAAAUGAAAAGGAAUAUUCCUAGUGUUUGACACCUGCCGUUUGGUGAAGCGUAGACCCAGUGGCAAUGGCGCAACUGAGAAUACCGUCUGUCUUGUUGAGCUUUGACAGAGAGUUUUUCCCCGAUAAAGUCAGUUUAGGUUAUAUUUGCUAUUCUGUCAGGUCCUAUGUUCCGAACCCGCUACGGUGCUUUAGGUUCCCACGAUGUGAGAAAUGUGCAGGAGGGCAUAGUCAGAGGAACAUUACAGUUGGAAUGAGAAAGCACUGUGUGUCAACUGUUGGUGUGCCCAUGAAGCUGGGGAUCCAAAGUGCCCUGAGAGAGAGAGACAGGUUGAGAUUACCAGAGUUUGAGAGGGCACGUUUCCUAUGCUGCGGCAGUGAAGAGAGUAGAGGACUGAAAUGUGACCGAAAUGUGCAAUUCGCACUCUGACCUGCGAAAGACAGCAAUAUGCAACACAGCGUCUAGUCUGCCGGAAAGCCACAACAAGAAGAAAGAGUGUCGCCACAGUUAUAAACUGUAUAUCACAAGUCUAAAAAAACUGGACAUUAUUGUGGCUGCAGCAGAAACGUUUUUGGGACCUAAGGAUUUUACAUUUGAAGACCGGAAAAAAACCGCACUCCCAGGUUCCCCUUGAGCCUGUGUAGGUAUCAGAUCUGUUUUAUUUUUUAACAGAAGGGGAAUCCUGUUUCCAUCCCGAAUAAUAGAUGGCGGGAUGCACAUUACAUCCUGUGAUCGUCAAUAAUAUACCAUAGAAGAAGAGAAGGAGUGUUCAUGUUUACAUCGAAACCAGUUUAGAUAUUUGUGUUAUCAUCGCAUACUGUACGUUUAUUACUGAUGAUCCAGCAGUUGUAUUUUUCUGCAAAGGCGAAGAAGUAACGACCACGUUAAAAAGAACGAAGCCUACUUGCCAUCUAACGGUAGCUAGGCUGAAGGUACGCCUGAGGGUGGAGACGAUCGGGUGCCUAGAGGUGUACUUUGACACUAGGCCAACCUGGGCAGAACGCAUCGAGAGACCGUUUCAGAUUCCUGCCUGACUGAGGAGAGUCAGAACGUCCAAAACGCUGAAUAAUCCUGUAUUAGGAUUUCCAGCAGUGUCCAGAUGGUGUGGGUGUUCCUCAUGAACCGCAUGGGGUCUCAGGGCAGCACAGUGGCCCAGCGGAGACGCAUGGCCCUGGGGGUGGUCAUCCUCCUGCUGGUGGACAUCAUCUGGGUGGCCUCCUCUGAGCUCACCUCAUACAUAUUCAAGCGGCAGGAGUACAACAAGCCCUUCUUCAGCACGUUCACCAAGACCUCCAUGUUUGUGCUGUACCUGCUGGGGUUCCUGCUGUGGCGGCCAUGGAGGCAGCAGUGCACGGGCAGUCUCCAGGGACGACACGCAGCCUUUUUUGCUGAUGCCGAGGCCUACUUUACCCCCUGUAUCAACGACACCAGUUUGAAUGACCAUACCCUAAGUGAACCCUUGUAUGUUCCAGUGAAGUUUCAGGACCUUCCGGCUGAACAUACAAACUGUGCCAUUGGAGAUUGUGAUUCCACCUCUAAAAAGCAACGGGUGCGCUUCAGCAACAUCCUGGAGGUGCGCCAGCUCCCGUCCACACAGGCCCUGGAGGCCAAGCUGUCGCGCAUGUCCUACCCCGCCGCCAAGGACCACGAGUCCAUGCUCCGCACAGUGGGAAAGCUCACCGUCACCGACGUGGCCAAGAUCAGCUUCUUCUUCUGCUUUGUGUGGUUCCUAGCCAACCUCUCCUACCAAGAGGCCCUGUCGGACACGCAGGUUGCCAUAGUGAACAUUCUGUCCUCCACUUCAGGUCUCUUCACCCUCAUCCUGGCGGCCAUAUUUCCCAGUAAUAGCAGCGACCGCUUUACUCUGUCCAAGCUCUUAGCUGUGGCUCUGAGCAUGGGAGGAGUGGUUCUGGUCAGUUUCUCCAGCAUGGACAGCCCUGACGGAAAAGGCACUAUAGGCUCUCUGUGGUCAUUGGCUGGGGCUGCUCUGUACGCAGUCUACAUCGUCAUGAUCAAGAGGAAGGUGGACCGGGAAGACAAGCUGGACAUCCCUAUGUUCUUUGGGUUUGUGGGUUUGUUCAACCUGCUCCUCCUGUGGCCAGGGUUCCUUGUGCUUCACUACACAGGCUUCGAGGCCUUUGAGCUGCCCAGCAAGCUAGUGUGGAUCUACAUCCUCAUCAACGGCCUCAUCGGUACCGUGCUCUCCGAGUUCCUCUGGCUCUGGGGCUGCUUUCUCACCUCCUCCCUAAUAGGCACACUGGCCCUCAGCCUCACUAUCCCACUCUCCAUCAUAGCAGACAUAUGCAUGCAGAAGGUGCGUUUCUCCUGGCUGUUUUUCGCUGGAGCGGUUCCCGUCUUCCUCUCCUUCUUCAUCGCCACUCUGUUAUGCCACUACAACAACUGGGACCCCGUCAUGGUGGCGCUACGAAGAGUGUUUGCCUUCAUAUGCCGCUCGAAACACCGGAUUCAAAGAUUGCCAGAAGAUUGCGAACAGUGUGAAAGCCUUAUUCCCUUACACACGGUCUCCCAUGACGAUGAAAGCUUCUGCUCGUGAUGCACCAGCCAAUCACAAGAUGGGGAAUACGGCGCAGAGCAGCGUGCGGAAGGUGAAGUGACAAUCUCAAAACGACCAAACAGAGACCUUACCCCCAGUGCCUCUCGUUCAACCUAUAUAUUCUCUGCAGUGUGGAGAUGACCGAUCCAUCUCUACAAGAUGAACUCUUUUUUUCCUUUGUACAACGUUGACGCGACUCGUCUUCGACUGAGAUCGUGUGUGUUUUGUUACGUCGGAUUUCGUUGUGUAAAAAGAAAAACUUUAUGGUACUGAAAGUGCCAGCCUUUUAUCAAUGGCUCAUACCACUUGAAAUGGUACACGUUUAAAUAAUGGGACCGAGGCUUCAGUCAAGCCAUAAGGAGAAAAGCAAGUGUAUUGUCUUUGUUGCGAGGAGAAAAGUGCUCUGAUUGGCUAAUGUAGAUGUAUAAUCUUGUUGGUUUUCUAUCGCCUCACUGCUUGUUCACAGGUGUGGGUUUGGAGCAUGCACAAUUCAGACCUGUUAAUCUAGAAAUAGUAUGGGUGGGGAAAAAGUUGGUCAUGCACUUCAUUAUCAGGCUGGUUAGGUGAUUUACGAAUCUGAUUUACAGAUCUGUCCAUAUUCAACAAUGGUCUCAGAGUAGGAGUAUUGAUAUAGGAUUGGUCUAGCCUUUUAGAUCAUAAUGACUAUGAUUAUAUGGACACAGAGGACCUGCACUAUAUCAGCACUGGUACUUAAGGACACUUUUUUUAAUACAGGCCCAUUUGUGCAGUGCCUGCUCAGAAUCACUGUGAACAAGCAGUAUCUGAAGUUUGAGAUUAGAAGAGAGCUGAGCACAGCUGUUGACUACAGCCUUUUAUUUCUCCCCCAUACUCUACAUCCCUCCAUCUCUGGCCCCUGGCAGCCAGGCAAUGCUGGAUCAUGAAGGAAAUCUGUGAUGAAGACGUUUGUAUGCGUUUUAAUGUGAACUAAGACUAACCCCUCAACUAAACUAAGCUGCAAUACAAAAGUCAUAAUGCUGCUGCCUUUUCAACUGAAAACAGUUGCCAUCUCCAAACAGGUGUAAAUACUGUACUAUGCCAUGAAAUGCAAAUCGAUUGUUACUUUAGUUUGUAUUUCACAUAAUGACCCUUCUAUACAAAUAAUAUCUUAGAUGUUCUCAGAUGUUUUACUCCACUUGAAUUUGUAUAUCUUCACUAUGUUAUGACACUAAAAAAGGUGGCAUGGAUUUAAGACAGACCAAGUAAAUAUAUUUUGCAGUAUGUUUAACAAAAGCACUAUUUACCAUCCAAUUAAGUUCCCUUAGUCUUAAUAGAGACCAUUACCUAAUAAUGAACUGUUGUAUCAUUUCUACCACUCCUCGGUGGGCAUUAGGAGCCAUGAAUGGAGACUUGAUCUGAUUUGAUUAUCUUUCAACAAUUAUGUUUAUUGGUAAAAUGUAUGCCAUGAUAAUGUUUGUAUGUCCAACAAUUGUACUUUAGACACAUUUUGUUUGAUCAGCACAUACAAUGCAAAUCAAUCACCCACUCACUCUUAUUUUGAUGCUGAUUUAAUUUGAUGAGUAAAAAGCAUAUAUUUUUAGUUUUUUUGUCUCUGUAACCCUUGAUGUACACCAUGACAAGGUGCAUGUUAUCAAUAUUUUUCCAUCAGCUGUCAACCUGUGUACAGAACUUUAUGGAGUGUUUGCCCAGUGCUCGGUGUGGAUAGGACAUAUUUUAUGACUAGAGAUAACUGCAGGAAGUAAUUACUUGCCCUGUAAAAAAGUUCAGCCCCUCGAGCCAUCUUUAACUUUGUCUAACUCACAGUUUUUACUUUCACAUUGUCAACAAAAAAAGCAUUUAUCACCAUCAGCUAUGAUUAAUUCACAAAGGAAGUCAGCUGUGAGAUGUAUUUGGUUGUUUAAUUCAUGGGGUUCCUGUAGUCUAUUUAUAUUUGCAAAAAAAACAGGAACCCUGAAACUGUACAUCCUAUGAAAAUUGGUAAGCUAAAAUGUAGAUAUGAAACAAAUGAUCAUAUGCCCCAUAUCAUCCAUUUAUGGAUUUUCUAAUCGAUGGGCAGUGUACCAGCUACAUAAGUGCAUUGUUUGUAAUUUUUUCAAAACUCAUGUUUUUAAAAUGUGUGUGUUUUCAAAAAUGCAACAAAAAAAAUUCAAUGGUGCUUACGGAAUGUGCGUAUAUCGUAUGAAGUAAUUUUUUUUUCCUCUCAGGUACUUUUACUUUAUUUUCCUUUGUCCAAUCAGAUUUUGUUUUGAUAAUGUCCCUUCCAAUAUCUAUGGAUCUCUUUUUAAAAGUUGUAUACUGAUUUAUAAAAGUGUGAUUAUCGUAGUUUACUGUAUCAUCACAAGUUCUUUUAAUGGGAAGAUUCACCCAUUUUGAAAGUUUUAUCGUUUUUGUGCGUCUCUGAGCGAUGUUCUAUUUAUUCCUGGGAUCAUGCACAAAAACAAUGUAAAAAAUAAAAAUAAAUUUAAAAAAUGGGUGAAGGUGAAUCUUUCCUUAGUCUUUGUUGUUCCGUAAGUCCCUUUUCAAUGUUAUGCUGCACUAUUAAAACGAUGUGAAGAUGUAUUUUCA